AUUUCAGAAUCCUUGCCAAUUAACCUAGUCAAGGACCUAAUAUUUGAAAAAAUAAAAGAAAACCAAUGUUUGAUCUUGGUUGGGUCAACGGGUAGUGGAAAGUCGACAUCUGUGCCAUUAUGGCUUUACACAAGUUUUACCAACCCGAAACAAAAAUUGGUAGUUACACAACCGAGAAGAGUAGCGGCAAUUUCGCUAGCAAAAUAUGUAGCGAAUCUCACAAAUACCGAACUCGGUACCACAGUUGGGUUCAACGUGAGAUUCCUAAAUAAAUCUAAUGAAUCAACAAGAAUCAAGUAUGUAACUGAUGGGAUUCUUAUGAGGGAAUCAAUAUCUGACCCACUUCUGUCAAAAUAUUCAAUUGUAAUAAUAGACGAAGUACACGAACGAUCGAUUAGAUCAGAUAUACUGCUUGGAAUUAUUAAAUUAGCACUCACAAAAAGGCCCGAACUAAAGCUUAUUGUAAUGUCCGCAACCAUAGAUUCUAAUGUGUUCAAUGAAUUUUUCCAGAAUUCUUUCACAAUUAAUGUACCCGGAAGAUUGUUCCCAGUUGAUAUAUACUACACACCAGCACCCUUUGAAGAUUAUAUCGAGGCUGCAAUGAUAUCGGUUUUGCAGAUAAAUCUGUCAACAGAAACGGGUGACAUACUGGUAUUUUUGCCAGGCCAAGAAGAUAUAGAAAUACUAGAGCGUCUCUUAAAGCAAAAAGUUAAACAUUUAAAUGACUCAAUGGAGUCAGUUGACCAUAAAAACAUGAACAAAGUGUUUUUAAAAGUAGGAGAAGUGAAGUAUAAAAUGACCGGCUGGAGAUCGUUGGUGAUAUGCCCAUUAUACUCCGCACUAUCGCUAGAAAGGCAGAAUUUGGUAUUCAAAACUACACCACCAAAGUCCAGAAAGGUGGUGUUAGCGACAAACAUCGCAGAAACAUCACUAACGAUUCCUGGGAUUAAAUACGUAAUUGACACUGGCCUAGUUAAACAGAGAAAGUACAACCCAAAGAAUAACUUUGAAUCACUAACUGUUAACAUAACAUCAAAGUCAUCAGCUAAACAGAGAGCUGGAAGAGCUGGGAGAGAAGGGCCAGGGGAGAUAUACCGUCUCUACACACUUGAUUCAUACGAAAAAAUGCCCCAAAACACAACUCCUGAAAUACAUCUUAUCGAUUUUUCGUUUGUUUUCCUUCAACUUAAAAUGAUCGGAGUUAAGGACAUAUUCGAGUUUCCGUUCAUUGAUCCUCCAGAUAAAGGAACAAUAUUAUCAGCUGCAUUAAACUUAUACAGACUUGGAGCAUUGGAUUCUGAAGGGAAUUUAACAGAAGCAGGGAAGAUGAUGGCACAGAUACCACUAUUGCCAAUGCAUUCUAAACUACUUAUUUCAUCAUUUGAGUUUUCAUGUACCUCAGAAAUAUUGACAAUUGUUUCUAUUCUCUCAUCAGAAAUUGCACUCUUUGAUACAGAAAAGUUUAAUCCUGAGGGAGUGAAAUUAAGAUCAAAUUUGUAUAAUAAGUACGGAGACCACUUAACACUGUUGAAUAUCUAUAACCUUUGGGAAAAUGCAAAUUCCCGAGAAACAUUUUGUAAACAAUUUGCAGUAAAUAAUCACGCAUUCAAUAGAGCAAAGGAUAUCAGAAACCAACUUGUAUCUAUUAUAACCUCAGAACAAUUUGGAGUAAAAAACAUAUCCAAAUUAACUGAUUCAUCGAGCUGGGACCAGGUAAGGAAGUGUUUGACAAAGGGAAACUGGACCAAUUCAGCUAAAUUCUGCCCUGAAACAAAAUCAUAUAACACACUGGUCAACAAUCAAUGUGUAUACAUCCAUCCAUCAUCAGUAAUGUUCAACAGACCCACCUUUCCUGGAUAUGUUGUUUUCAACGACUGUAUAUUAACGAAGAAAAAUUAUAUUCAAAAUGUAACCGAGAUAUCAGAACAGUGGUUAUCUACAUAUGUACCAAAUUUCUUUAAAACAAACGCUGUAAAAUAA